GUGACCUCUUGGCUGAGUCGUCAUUACGCUCUUGGGAUAAUUUUGUUAGGAAAGUUCACAGCUGUUCCAUAUUGAUGCCAUUUGUGGAUAAUGGCUCUCACUGUGGUUCGAUGGAGUCCCAAAGCUUUAUAAAUGGUGUUAUAACCUUUUCCAGACUGAUUUGCUUUGCUUUCUGAAAUCCACACACCCAGUGACUAUAGGAGACUCACGGUUAGGGUAUAAAUGGAGUAUCUACUCUUCAUCUUUUAAAUUAUUAUGAUCUUAGAUUAUUGUCACUAUGAAUUUUGUAAAUGAUUCAUGUUUAAGCAUUGGAUUCUAUGCUGCUAUCAACUGAAUGUUUUUCUCUUUUCACCUUCUAAUUUCCUUUCUCAAGCAUUUAUAAAUGUUGGUUUCUCACGCAGCUCUAUAAGGAUUUUUAAACAGUUUUUUUAUUAUUAUAUUUUUUGACACAACAGUAGAGAGAUUAGCUUUGGCAGUAGCAGUAGUUUGACUGUUGGCUUGAAGCCUCACUAAACCCCUUACACACUAAACACUGUAUACCCACAUACAGUACAAUCACACACACACACUCACACACAAAUGCAUUACAGAAGACACAUUUUAAAGCCACAUCUGUCCACAUAGAGAAGGGGUUUCGUGUACAUCUGGACUGGGUCAUUCCCAGUAUGUGUGUGUGUGUGCUUGUGUGUGUGCGUGUGAGUGUGAGGAUAAAUAAUGACUGAAUGGAUGAGUCUGACUUUCAUCAUCGCCCACCCCCUUUCUGUCAUUCUGUUCUUCUCUUAUGGUUGGUCACAUGAAUGCUUCUUUUGCGCUCUCCAUAAGUGGAUAUGUGAGUUUUUUGUGGAAAUUGGAAAAUACCGCAGCAUAGGACUAAGACUUCCUCAUUCUACAGGGACUUUGGCAAUAAAACUAGAGGAUGAUUGGAGUUGUGGUUUUGUCGGAUUAGAGCAACUUCAUUCUCAGAAUUUUGUUUUUGUGGUUUUAAGAUUUAAUUUGGAUGCAUUUACAUCAGAAGGAUCUUUAAGAUUGAAAUAUUCCUCUCAUUGUCAACUUGGAAAUUUUGGCGCCUAUUGAUUAAUUAGUAUAGCGGCCGGAGAUAGAGAGGUGUAGUCAUGGCCCAUGCUGCUGCCCACUUGAAGAAGGCGCGAGAGCUGGAGCUUAAUCCAGAGUACAGGGCACUGCAGAAAGCCAAGGAGAGGCGGCGGCGCCAGCGGGAGAGAGCUGAGCGAAAGCGACAGUCGGACAGUAACACCAGUUUCCUGAGGGCUGCCAGAGCUGGAAACAUCGAUAAAGUCCUUGAGUUCUUGAAAAAUGGAGUCGACAUUAGUACCUGCAAUCAGAAUGGAUUGAAUGCCUUGCAUUUGGCAGCCAAAGAGGGGCACCAGGAUCUAGUGGAGGAACUGUUGGAGAGAGGAGCACCUGUUGACUCAUCCACGAAGAAAGGAAACACUGCCCUCCAUAUUGCCUCGCUGGCUGGGCAAAGAGAAGUGGUCCGCCUGUUAGUCAAGAGAGGAGCUGAUGUGAAUUCGCAGUCUCAGAAUGGAUUUACGCCACUUUACAUGGCUGCACAGGAGAAUCACUUGGAGGUUGUAAGAUACCUGUUGGAAAAUGAUGGAAACCAGAGCAUUGCAACAGAGGACGGCUUCACCCCACUUGCCAUUGCCCUCCAGCAAGGUCACAACUCAGUGGUGUCCCUGCUGUUGGAGCACGACACCAAAGGCAAAGUGCGCUUACCAGCCUUGCAUAUUGCGGCUCGAAAGGACGACACCAAGUCGGCUGCACUGCUGCUCCAGAACGACCACAAUGCUGACGUGCAAUCCAAGAUGAUGGUCAAUAGAACCACAGAGAGUGGUUUCACCCCUCUGCACAUCGCCGCUCACUAUGGCAACGUGAAUGUCUCCACCCUGUUGCUGAACAGAGGAGCCGCUGUGGACUUCACAGCAAGGAAUGGAAUAACACCUCUGCAUGUGGCCUCAAAAAGAGGUAACACCAAUAUGGUGGUCCUGCUGUUGGAUCGAGGAGCUCAGAUUGACGCUAAAACCAGGGAUGGACUGACUCCCUUACACUGUGCAGCCAGAAGUGGGCAUGAUCCUGCAGUGGAGCUGCUGCUGGAGAGAGGAGCACCCAUCUUAGCCAGAACUAAGAACGGACUGUCCCCACUGCACAUGUCAGCCCAAGGCGACCACGUGGAGUGCGUGAAGCUGCUGUUGCAGCACAAGGCGCCUGUUGAUGACGUCACACUGGACUACCUCACAGCGCUGCACGUUGCGGCCCAUUGUGGCCACUACAGAGUCACGAAGCUGCUGCUGGACAAGAAGGCCAAUCCGAAUGCGAGAGCACUGAAUGGCUUCACACCCCUACACAUCGCUUGUAAGAAGAACAGGGUGAAGGUGAUGGAGCUGUUAGUGAAAUACGGAGCAUCCAUCCAGGCCAUUACUGAGUCGGGCUUGACUCCCAUCCAUGUUGCUGCCUUCAUGGGCCACCUCAACAUUGUUUUACUUCUACUACAGAAUGGUGCCUCGCCUGAUGUCCGCAACAUUCGUGGCGAAACUGCUCUGCACAUGGCAGCCCGAGCAGGCCAGAUGGAAGUGGUGCGCUGUUUGCUGAGGAACGGAGCGCUAGUGGAUGCCAUGGCCAGGGAGGACCAGACCCCUCUGCACAUUGCGUCCCGUUUAGGGAAAACAGACAUUGUCCAGCUCCUGCUCCAGCACAUGGCCCACCCAGAUGCUGCCACCAUCAACGGCUACACUCCCCUUCACAUUUCAGCCAGAGAGGGCCAAGUGGAGACCGCUGCCGUGCUGCUGGAGGCCGGAGCGUCACACUCGAUGGCGACUAAAAAAGGAUUUACUCCAUUACAUGUAGCAGCUAAGUAUGGAAGCCUUGAUGUAGCAAAACUACUACUGCAGCGUAAAGCUCUCCCUGAUGAUGCUGGCAAAAAUGGUCUAACUCCGCUCCAUGUGGCGGCUCAUUAUGACAACCAAGAGGUGGCGCUCCUGCUGCUGGACAAAGGCGCAUCACCUCAUGCUACUGCAAAGAACGGCUACACUCCCCUUCACAUUGCAGCCAAAAAGAACCAGACUAAUAUUGCAUUAUCGCUGCUGCAGUAUGGCGCAGAGACCAAUGUUCUGACCAAGCAGGGAGUCAGUCCUCUUCACUUGGCUGCACAGGAGGGACACGCGGAGAUGGCCAGCUUGCUGCUGGGCAAAGGAGCUCACAUCAACACAGCAACUAAGAGUGGACUGACCCCUCUGCAUCUCACUGCACAAGAGGACAGAGUCAGUGCAGCAGAAGUAUUGGCCAAAAAUGAUGCCAACCUGGACCAGCAGACAAAGCUUGGCUACACACCUCUGAUAGUAGCCUGUCAUUAUGGAAACGCCAAGAUGGUCAACUUCCUGCUACAGCAAGGUGCCAGUGUCAAUGCCAAAACCAAGAAUGGAUACACACCUCUCCACCAGGCAGCACAACAAGGGAACACACACAUUAUCAAUGUUUUGCUGCAGCAUGGGGCCAAACCCGGUGCUACCACAAUGAAUGGAAACACAGCCUUAUCCAUCGCCAGACGCCUGGGUUACAUCUCAGUGGUGGAUACACUCAAAGUGGUCACCGAAGAAGUCAUCACUACCACAACAACGGUCACAGAGAAACACAAACUCAAUGUACCAGAGACAAUGACGGAAAUACUUGAUGUAUCUGAUGAAGAAGGUGAGGACACAAUGACGGGUGACGGCAGUGAGUACCUGAGAGCAGAGGACUUGCGUGAGCUUGGAGAUGACUCUCUGCCAGGACACUACUUGGACAGCUUCAGCUACAUGAGCCACAAUCUGGACAGGCCUCAGCACCAAAGCUUCCAUCACAGGGAUGACAUUCUUAUCGAGGAUAUGAUCGCAAGCCACCAAGUGUCAGCUCUGUCGAGAGAGCACGAUAAGGACUCAUUCCGCCUGAGCUGGGGGGCCGAGCAUCUUGAUAAUGUGGUGCUGUCCUCCAGCCUGCUACACUCUGGCAGUUCGUCUCCUUGCCUAGACCAUGACAACAGCAGCUUUCUGGUCAGUUUCAUGGUAGAUGCAAGGGGUGGGGCCAUGCGGGGCUGCCGUCAUAAUGGCCUAAGAAUCAUCGUCCCACCAAGGAAGUGUUCUGCACCCACGAGGGUGACAUGCAGGCUGGUGAAGAGACACCGCCUGGCCUCUAUGCCCCCCAUGGUGGAAGGUGAGGGACUGGCUGGUCGCAUCAUCGAAGUGGGACCCACAGGAGCCCAGUUCCUGGGUAAGCUCCACCUUCCCACAGCUCCGCCCCCUUUGAAUGAGGGCGAGAGCCUGGUCAGUCGUAUCCUGCAACUGGGUCCACCAGGAACCAAGUUCCUCGGGCCUGUGAUUGUGGAGAUCCCACAUUUUGCUGCUCUAAGGGGCACUGAGAGAGAGUUGGUCAUCUUGAGGAGCGAAACAGGAGAAAACUGGAGGGAGCACCAUUGUGAUUUUACCGAAGAGGAACUCAACCAGAUACUUAAUGGCAUGGAUGAAAAACUCGAUUCCCCCGAGGAGCUUGAGAAAAAAAGAAUCUGCCGCAUCAUCACACGAGAUUUUCCGCAAUAUUUUGCUGUGGUGUCUCGGAUAAAGCAGGACAGUCAUCUGAUUGGUCCAGAGGGCGGCGUCCUCAGUAGCACUCUUGUUCCUCAGGUCCAGGCCGUCUUCCCUGAGGGAGCCCUCACUAAGAAGAUCCGAGUUGGGCUACAGGCUCAACCCAUUGAAGUGGACGUGGUGAGAAAGAUUCUUGGUAACAAGGCGACAUUCAGUCCAAUUGUCACACUGGAACCAAGAAGACGGAAAUUUCAUAAACCAAUAACCAUGACAAUCCCUAUUCCCAAAAGUUCAAACAAUGACGGGCUUGGCCCAGUGUAUAGUGGGGAGACACCCACUUUACGUUUGCUUUGCAGUAUCACAGGAGGGACAACACCAGCUCAAUGGGAGGACAUCACCGGUUCUACACCACUUACCUUUGUUAAUCAGUGUGUUUCCUUCACCACCAAUGUGUCAGCAAGGUUCUGGCUGAUAGACUGCCGACAGGUCCAGGAUGCUGUUAGUUUUGCCUCUCAGUUGUACAGAGAGAUCAUCUGUGUCCCAUACAUGGCCAAGUUUGUCAUCUUUGCAAAGACUUUAGACCCCAUUGAGGCACGACUACGCUGUUUCUGCAUGACCGAUGAUAAAAUGGACAAGACACUUGAGCAGCAAGAGAACUUCACUGAAGUCGCUCGUAGCCGAGAUGUUGAGGUCCUGGAAGGAAAACCAAUAUUUGCUGACUGUUUUGGAAAUCUGGUGCCUCUUACCAAGAGUGGACAGCAUCAUGUAUUCAGCUUCUUUGCCUUCAAAGAGAACAGAUUAGCCCUAUUCAUUAAAAUUAGAGACACAGCGCAGGAGCCGUGUGGCCGCCUUUCCUUCACAAAAGAACCACGCACAUACCGCAGUCUGAACCACAAUGCAAUCUGCAACCUGAACAUUACGCUGCCAACAUACUCAAAGGAGUCGGAUUCAGACCAAGAUGUGGAUGAUGAGAGUGAGAAGAGUGACAAGAAAUAUGACGAAUCUGAAUCGAUGGAGACGUUCUCACUGAAAACUAAUCAACCUCUCGACCCUGCAACUCUUGCAAGCCCCGACCUUCUCUCCGACAUGUCUGACAUCAAAAUCCCUGUUUUACUUUCUGAACAAGUGGACCACUUCAUAAAUUUGGGCACGGAUGGUGCUAGGUGGACUGAGGGAAAUGACACUCUGGCGAAAUAUGACUUCAGAGAAAGGCAUCAAAAGUUUGGAGGGAUUGAAAGCGAACGGAUUAAUAACACUAAAGAGCAAGAAGGCGGUGGUAGAAAGGCGGAGCAGGUCUCCGUAUUUGAAUCCCAGGCCGUGAAAGUAAGGAAUGUACCUGUUGAACAAAUGGACGCACUAAGUAGAUCUGCUACACAGGACAGAGACAUGACAAAAAUUGACUCUGCGGGUGAUUCUCAGGAGUUUGCCCAAGAUACACAGCGUUCUGUGAAGUCUAAUGGUAAACAACGACCCCCAGAUAUCAAAAAACCUAUUCGGAGGAAACUUCGAGACAGGGAACGUUCUGGAUGUAGUAGCUCAGAGGGAGAGCUGGAAAGGAUGAGCUCUGAAGAGUCUCUAGAUGGUGAUACAGUUCUUAUUGAGAGUGGACUUCUUCUCACCCCGGAAAUCGAUCCACCAGUUUCUCCUUGUGUGGUUGAGACACCUAUCGGCUCAAUAAAGGAUCGUGUUAAAGCGUUACAAAACAAAGUUGAAGAAGAGCAGGAACAAAAACAUGACGUGGUCGUAAUUUCAAGAUCAUUUGUUUCCACAACAAAAAUAGAGGGCGACAUGCCCCAACUCCCCAGUGUUCCCAAAUCACCCAGAUCUCAAACAGAAAGAUUAGAAGAGACAAUGUCUGUUAGGGAACUGAUGAAAGCAUUCCAGACCGGUCAGGACCCUUCAAAGAAUAAAUCAGGGCUUUUUGAGCAUAAAGCAUUGGACUCUUGUGAUUCCACUCUAACAAGCCAAUCAGCAGAUUCUGAAGAUAAAUGGGGGACUGACCAAAGGCCUACACAGCCACCAAGAGUUCUCCAUACAAAUGACUUUCAAGGAAGUGACAGAACUGACUUUGGAACUCAACCUGUAAGCAUACUUAAAGAAACCUCACAGGACUCUUCGUUAAUUUCAGAUGCAUAUGUUGGAAAGACAGUCACUUUUUGUGAUGAUCCUGGCUUUCUCCCUCGCAAAAUGUCAACUCAGUCUUCAGAAAAGGAGAGUAUGUCUGUUAAGGAGCUAAUGAAAGCAUUCCAGACUGGAGAGGACCCUUCAAAGAGUACACUUGGGCUUUUCGAACACAAAUCCACUGCUCCGUCAAGUAUUUUAACACAUGGAUCAGUCAUUGCCAAUGAAGCAGUCAACACACAGGCAGCAAAAUCACAGCUCAUUUCAAAUACGGAUUGUAUUGGAAACUCAGUAGCCAGUGCUUAUACAAUUCAGCAUGGUGAUGGAAGGAUUAGUCCUCAGAGAGAUGCAUUGCCUAAUAGAAGUCUGGAUAUGAUGCAAGUUGAACAAUCCAUUGGUACUGGUAUGACUUUAUCUGAAGACUUGCAGAUAAGCCCUGACCGCAGACCUUCUGAAGACUUCAGUGCCGACAUAAAGGCUGAGCUAGAAGAAAGUCCUGAGUACCAACUAUUCAAGCAAACAUCCACAGCAUUGGACGUCAGCAAUCAGCAAGAGACAGCCGGUGAAGAAAGAUUGGUUGACAGAGUACCAAUCUACAGUCCAUCAGGAGAAACUCUUUGUCCCAUUGAGAAUCAAAACAUGAUUGAUAAGCAAAGUCCAGAAAAUAUGGCUGAAUAUUUUCACAACACUGUUGACAUUAGGACACCUCAUUCCAGUUUCAUAGAGAACAACAAAGGACUUGUAGUUUCCCAUCAGAUGAACAAUGACAAUGAAGUUAAAGAAAUGACAGUUGAGGAACCACGACUUGAAGAAGUCUACAUUCAUAGGAAAACAGAUACGCAGUCACCAACAACAGCAAAAGAUAUGUCAGGGAUGGUUGACUCAAUGAAAUCUGAUUUAGAACAUUAUCUACAAACCAGUCCUGUAGCAGAUCAACCACCAGAAGACAAUAUUAUUGACGAAACUUUUCAACAAAUUAUCCUAACAAAGAAUGAAGAGAAAACCAUUCACCCAUUUGCCUGUGAUAAGUUUGGCUUUGGCACAGAACAUAAAGAUUUUGAAGAAAAUGUUACAGGUGGAGACCGAAUUAGGACACCGUAUUCUAGUUUGGGAGAAGACUGUGAUUUGGGAGAAGACUACCAAGGACUUCCAAUAGCCCAUCAGAUGAACAUUGACGGUGAAGAACCAGAAUCAGUUAAUGAACGACUAUUUGGCAUGACAACUGAUAACAUGACUCCAAAAACAGUGAGAAAUAUAUCAGGGAUAGAGUCCUUAAUGACAACUGACUUGGAUCAGUGUCUUGCUACGGGGUUUGUAGCAGAUCGACCACCACAAGACGAUAUUUCAGAGGAUGUUUUUGAACAAAUUAUCCAAACAAAGGAAAAAGACAAAGACAUCGACUCUGUUAAGCAUGGAUACAGCAUAGAACAUACAUAUUUUGAAGAAACUGUUAUAAGUGGAGACUCAGUAAGGAUGGCCCAUUCCAGUUUUGGAGAAGACGAUGAGGGACGUCCAGUAAUCCAUCAGAUGAGCACUGAUAAUGAAGAAAUUGUUGAUGAACCAGUACUCGAAGAAGUCCACAUUGGCAGGAAAACUGAUAACAAGAGUCCAACAACAGUGAAAGACAUAUCAGGGAUGGAGUCCUUAAUGACAACUGACUUGGAUCAAGGUCUAGCUACAGGGUUUGUAGCAGAUCAACCACCACAAGAGAACAUUAUUGAGGAAGAUUUUGAACAAAUUAUCCAAACAAAGGAAAAAGAGAAAGAUGUUCACCAAUUUGCCUCUGAUAAGUUUGGAUACAGCACAGAACAUACCUAUUUUGAAGAAACUGGUAUAAGUGGAGACAGAAUUAGGACAGCUCAUUCCAGUUUAGGAGAAGACCAUGAAGAAGGACCAGUAGCCCAUCAGAUCAACACUUAUAAUGAAGAAAUCACAGUUGAUGAACCAGUACUUGAAGAAGUCCACAUUGGCAGGAAAACUAAUAACAAUAGUCCAACAACAGUGAAAGACAUAUCAGGGAUGGAGUCCUUAAUGACAGCAGACUUGGACCAGUAUCUAGCUCCAGGGUUUGUAGCAGAUCAACCACCACAAGAGGACAUUAUCAAGGACGUUUUUGAACAAACUAUCCUAACAAAGGAAAAAAAGGAAGACAUACACCCAUUUGCCUCUGAUGCGUUUGGGUACAGCACAGAACAAACAUAUAUUGAAAAAUCUCUUACAAGUGGAGACAAAAUUAAGAAAGCUCAUUCCAGUUUGGGAGAAUACUGCGAUUUGGGAGAAGACUAUGAAAGGCAACCAACAGCCCAUCAGAUGAACACUGAAAAAAUCACAAUUGAUGAACCAGUACUUGAAGAAGUCCACAUUGGCAGGAAAACUGAUAACAAGAGUCCUACAACAGUGAAAGACAUAUCAGGGAUGGAGUCCUUAAUGACAUCUGACUUGGAUCUGGAUCGAGCUACGAAGUUUGUAGCAGAUCAACCACCACAAAAGGAUAUAAUUGAGGAACAUUUUGAACAAAUUAUCCUAACAAAGGAAAAAGAUUCAGACAUUCACUCAAUUGCCUCUGAUGAGUUCAGCACACAAUGCAAAUAUUUUGAAGAAACCAUUACAUAUGGGGAAAAAAUUAGGACACAAAAUUCCAGUUUGGGAGAAGACUACGAUUUUGGCAACGAAUAUGAACGACAUGUACUGGCCCAUCAGAUGAACACCGAUAAUGAGGACAUCUCAGUUGAUGAGCCACUACUUGAAGAAGUCCACACUGGCAGGCAGACUGACAACAAGACUCAAACAACAAUGAAAGAUAUGUCAGGUUUGGAAUCGUUCAUGGCAGUUGACUUGGACCAGUGUCUAUCAACAAAGCUUGUCGCAGAUCAACUACAAGAGGAGGAUAUUAUUGAGGACAAUUUUGAACAAAUUAUUCUAACAAAGGAUAAAGAGAAAGACAUUCACAUAUUUUGCCCAGAUGAAGUUGUGUUUGGCACAGAACAUAAAGAUCUUACAGAAGAAACUAUUCGAAGUGGGGAUGGAGGACUUGCAGUGACACAUCAUCUGAGCAUUGAUCAUGAAGAAAUUACAGUUGAUGAACCACUACUUGAAGAAGUCCACGUUAACAGCAAAACCGAUAUACAGGCUCCCAUAGCAGCAAAAGAUAUGUCAGGGUUGGAGUCUUUAAUGACAACUGACUUGACUCAGUGUUUGGCUGCAGGGUUUGCAGCAGAUCAACCACAAGACGAUAUUAUUGAGGAGCAUUUUCACCAAACUAUUUUGACAAACAAAAAAGAGGAAAAACAUUACCAAUUUUCUUCCGAUGUUACAGACAAGACUGCCUUUGCUUCUGAGAGAGAAAUGAAAGAUGAAGACACAGAAAAUGAAUCGAAAGAUAUUAAUACGACUGUAAUAGUCAACGAUUUUGCACAAGAUGGUACAUUUAGCGCCCAGAAGGGAACUGAAAAGGGAUCAAGUGCUUUUGAAGAAAAUCAUUCCUUCACUGAAGAGGUACCUCUAAUGGAGGAAUGGGUGGGGCAGAAGCCUUCAUAUCAACUCUCUAAAACUGUCAAGGAGAUGUCCGGCAUGACUUCCCUGCUAAAAUGUGACCUAGACCAAUGCCUCAUAGACAGGCCAGUGGCAUGUGAGACUCCACAAGAGGACAAUAUCCAGGACAAAUUUGAACAAGUUAUUAUUACCAAAGUCCGUAAAACUUCUUUUGAGGAGACAGCCACAUCACGGUUUGAAAAUGUGGAAAACAACCAAGACGGUCAGACACAGAUGCCGACUGAUAUUGUUGAAGUCAAAGAGAGGGAUAUGUCAGGCAUGUUGUCAGUUCUUGGUAGUGAAUUAGAAAAGUGUUUGAAAGACAAUCAUGCAGAAACACAAGAGGGAGCAGCAAUCACAGAAAUGCAACAUGGUGAUGAUUCAGAGAAGCCAAUGUACCAAGUUUGGACUGAGAGAAAGGCCAAACAACAGCAGUGUAUAAAUUACCAAGAUAUGUCAGGCAUGAUAUCACUGCUGAGUCGUGACUUUGAACAAAGUAUAAAGGAAGAGCCAGUGAUGAUGCAAGACCAUCCAGAAGAAGAUGUGAUUCAUGAGCACUGUAGACAGGUUAUUAUAUCAAAAGACUCUGACAGAGAAACAUCCACAUUUUUACAACUUCCACCAGUUCCACUCUCUAGUGGCUACAGUGAAAGUACUGUACAAAUGACAUAUGAAACAAUAGGUGAAGACAACAAUGACAAUAAAAAUUACCAUUUUGGUGCCAUCACCCCAACUACACCACAACGGCCCGCUGAUUUAAAGAACCUGGACACUGUGGAUUUUGAUGAAUCAGCUCAAGAGCUUUAUCCACUGGACUCACUGGAGGCAAGUCCUGUCGUGGAGGACAUAUCUUCAAGGAAGUCCCCAGACUCCAUUGAGCCGAGCCCUACCAGAAAAUCUCCUUGUCCAGACUCUCUUGAAGGAAGUCCCACUCAAUCAGACAAAACAGAAGAUCAAAUGCCGCACAAGGCAGCUGUGUAUGAGGAUUAUGCAUCACAGCUAAAAGCAUGCUUGGAUUAUGAUGAACCCCAUGAAUCGGAAAACAUCACACAAAUGGAAGGAGACAAAUAUUUCACAUUCCAUGAAGAUGACAGCGAGGAUCAAUCCACCAACAAACAAUUUACUCCAGAAGAGGAGAUGUUUAAAAUGGCUGCAAGGAUCAAAACUUUUGAUGAAAUGGAACAAGAUGCUAAAACCAAGAGAGACACUUCCUCCUUUGCAGAAAGCGAAAUUCUCGAUCCAGAUGAUGAUUUAAAAGAUAAUCCACUCCUCGAUAAUAGUUCAGAUUCUCUGCAUGAAUACUCCGUAGCCUUCAGUGAACAAGUUGAUCUGGCAGAGGACAGAAAAACAUCUGAAAAAUACCCUGUUAAAUCACCAAUUGAUGACAAAACCCCUGAUCAAUUUCAGUUUGAAGAGGGAAAGCUAUUUGAAAUGACCAGAGGGGGCGCAAUUGAUCUGACAAGAAGUGCUGAUGAAGACCCUGAACGAUAUGCAUUUGUUCAAAUAGAGGAACAUCCAACCGAAGUUGUUUCACAUGAAACUGGGCGAGAGCAAGAUGAAAGUUAUUCAGCUGUAGAGGAACUCAUACAGAAGAUAACGGAUGACAACUUUCCAACUCCCAAACCCAGAACUUCCAUCCCUUCCUCAAGUGACAAGUCAAAAACUGAUAAACAUCUUUGUGAAGCAGAUCUUGGCAGCUCCACAGAAGUUCAGCUUGGCUCCCCCAGUGGAUUGGAGAAGCUGACCAUUAUUCAAGGUGACGAUGAAGGCAUUAAAGGCGUUGGUGAAAACUACCUUGAUUGUACAAUAGCCACUCUUCAGUCAAAUGCAAACAUAGUGGAUCAAUCUGCAUACUCAAAGCAGAGUUACGAUUCCUCCUGCUCCUCCGCUGAUGAGGAUGAUGACGAUCAUUGCUCGGUCAUUGAGAUGUCCUUUUUGGGUGCACGGGCUAUUACUACAGAAGGCAGCAAAACAAAUGAACCUGAACCUGAUUUGGUUGCCAAAAAGAAGGAUUCAUCUGUAAAUCGCAGGACAAGAUCUGAGACACAUGGUGGUCCAAGUAAAGCCUCAAAUACGAACAUCCGAAGUUGUUCUGAAAGCACUCAGUCCACACAUGAAUCCAACCUGUCCUCUCACUCAACAAAACAAAAACACAAAGAAAUCCGCAUCUAUAAAACUGAAGAAUCAUCUGUUUCUUUGGAUACUGAUGACAUAAGCAGCUCAAGUCACAAGAGUCCAGAUUCUGUUAUUUUUACAUAUGACAUGCCAGCCUCGAGUAGUUCGGAUUCAGAUCCAAUUACGGCUGUGCACCCGUCUUCUAGCACAGUGGAUGUAUUUGAAUCUAGGCCUACCUGGGAUGACAAGGUGGAAACACAGAUGCAGAGAAUCACCGGUGAUCAAACUUCAAAAUGUACGGCAGUGGAUUGGCAGGAUGAUGCCGACAGGAAAGAGGAGACAUUAGCCAUCAUUGCAGAUCUCCUUGGCUUCAGUUGGACUGAGCUGGCAAGGGAACUGGAAUUUAGUGAGGAUGACAUUCAGACAGUUAGGUCAGAGAAUCCCAAUUCACUUCAAGAGCAGAGUCAUGCCUUGCUUCAGCGAUGGGUUGAACGGGAAGGCAAACAUGCCACAGAGAAUUGCCUGAUUAAAAGACUGACCAAGAUCAACCGCAUGGAUAUUGUUCAUCUAAUUGAAACCCAGAUGAAUAAGUCAAUUCAAGAGCAAACAUCGAGAACAUAUGCUGAGAUUGAGAAAACACUGGACCAUAGUGAAGUGUCAAUGGCUUUGUCUUCAGUGCAAGAUGAUGUGGAUAGUCCCAGGAUCGUGAGAAGAAUAGAAUCAGAUCGCAAGCCACCCCCAGCUGUUUCUGAAGAGGACCUCUCCGUUGCUUCUCUGUUAGACAUUCCCUCAUGGGCGGAGCCUGCUGGACAUACCCACUCAGAGAGCAUGCAUGGUGACCUAUUGGAGGAGCUUGAGAUCACACAUGAACCGAACCCAAACCUCUGGACCACAGAUGAUGUAAUUUCACAUGAACGUACACGUUAUGUCAACUUUGAUGAGCAAGUAUCAACGGCAUCUUCCCAGGCAAAUCUUUCCGAACCAUCAGAACAAAGCGAUCAUGGUUUAGAGCACGUUAUAACUGAGAUCAACGCAGAGCUCAGCUCAAUGUCAGAAAGUUCAGAUGAUGAAUUUUUGAGUACCAGAAUUGUACGAAGGAGAGUUGUCAUUCAGGCUGAUGAAAUGCCUGAAAUUCCAAGCCAGUCUGUGACAGAGGAAAAGUACAAAGAUGAAAAUGGCCACAUUGUUGUCAGAAAGAUUUCUCGAAAAAUUAUUCGCAAGUGUGUUUCUUCUGAUGGUGUGGAGCGUGAGGAGGUCUCAAUAGAGGGAACCCCACAGGGGUCCGUCAGUGUUGCGGAGGGAGACGGCUACUCCAAAGUAGUGAAACGCACUGUACUAAAGAGUGAUGGAGACCAUACAGAGGUAACAUUUUCUGAAUGUGAGGGUUUCUCAACAUCCCAACAAGAGACGUCUGGGAUCCGUAAAGUCAGUCUGGCAGAAAGAACCACAGUAGUCGAAGGUAAAAGAACAGUGACACACAAAGGAGACAUGUCAUUGGCUUCUGACCUCCCCUCAGCCCAGGAGGACUUCAAACAGGGCCCACAUGCGUAAAGGUCAGACCCUCAGACGGACAGUGGUGCAAGGAGCUGGGCAGCCCAAACAGGUCCUACUCGAGCAAGUGGACACCCCUACUAAAGGGUCCAAACCCCACGAACUCCAGCAGCAUCUGCACCAGCUCUUUCAUCACUACUACAAAGAAGAACCGGAGGACCACGAUGGUGAUGAAAAAGAGGAACAGUAGAAGAAUGUGUAACGCACCCCCCUACUAUUUUAAGGUCCCCUAACUACUUAUCCUAUGCAUUUGCCACAUGUAAUCUCAGCGUGCACCUACAAGCUACCAGUCUUCCCAUUUAAUUAGGAUAAAAAUUAUCCACUUUUCCUUGCUGACGUUGCAUAUUCAUGAAUUUCAUUAUUUUUGCCUUGUUUUUGUGACCAAAGAAUAACGUUUUCCUGAUCAAUCUUAGGUUUCAUGUCAACAAAGUCUUUUCAUUAUUCAACAAAAACAUAUUUUAAAAAAAGGAACAGUUUUAUCCCACACCUCUUGAGGGUAAAGAACACUUCAUCUGCAAAAUACCCUCCUUAGAGGGGCACUUUUAAUCACGUCAGGCUCAACUGCCUCUCACAGCCGGACUUUGUAGGAUAACCUUUGCAAAGAAUAUUCACUGGACGACUAAAUACGAGUAAAUGCGAGUGUAUUUAUUUAACUACUGCUGCUGCUGUUGUGUUUCUGUGUAGGCUAUGUGUAAUCUGUCUUUCGGGCAUUCUGAUAUACGACAAUUUAAUCUAAUCUAGACAAUACCGACAUUUGUAGCCUAGGAAUGAUUAAUCAAUCACGUGAAGUAGAGCAGGCAUGACUAAUCAACGUCGAUCAUUAUGAUCUUUGUCCAUUUAACAUUACUCAUCUUUAGUUUUUACAUUAUAUUUAUAAACCUUUUCUUGGCACCGAGUCCUAAAUGAUUGAUCAUGGCUCUUAUUGUGUGAAUGUUGACCGCGUGAGUGAGUAUUGCACUUGUACUGUUAGUCUUAUAUGUUUGUUGGUCCAUGCAUGACCCAGUUAGCAUCUGCUUGGUCUGAGAUUAUUUUCAACACAUUCUAUGUCUUAUUAUAUAUAUAUUUAUUUUCUAGAUAUGAGGGAAAAACAGUUACAAUGGUAUAAACCUUACCUUGGUGUUCAAUAAUUUGCCCAUUUGGGGUACAUUAUUGAUUUCAAGGGUCCCAAUUGGUUUGUUAUUGUACCUCUCAUUUGAGUCAGCGUCUGUUUGUUGUUAUUUAUUGUAAAAUGAAAAUCACAUUUUGCCAUGAAAAUAGGUAAAAUUGUAGUGUUUAUGAUUUAUUUAUUAUUAUUAUUAUUAACGUGUUGAGUGUGUGAUUGUGAGUGAAAGUUUUUUUUUUUUGGAGUGACAAAAAGUAUGCACUAAUUUAUGUACGCAAACUAUAGAAACUAUAGAUUUAUUUUACACAACCUGUAUUUGCACUCCUGAAUGUCAGGAUGGAACACCUCCAUGCUUUUUUGUGCACCGGCUGUGAUAAAGUAAAAUAUAUCUUUUGUGUCAUUUGUUUUGGCAGGACAAAUUGAGUACUUGUAAGAUAAUGACACAAGCGAAAGGAGACGGGUUGGCUGCUUCAACAAAACAUUAUUCCCUCCCCCCGAGCAUUGCUACUGUAUGUAACUCAAUCAUGUAAUGUAUUUAUGUCACUAUCACUGUUUACUUUGUGAUUUAGAGAGGAUGGAAUCAUACUUUGUGGAAGUUCACUGUGACAGGUAUAUUUUUCAUUUUGGAAAAAACAAAAAAAUGAGCGCCCCCUUUUUCUGUGAUGCUGACAGUUAUAUACUCACAUGAUGCAUAUGUAUAGAUAUCUAUAAGGGCAUGUAUUGCUGUUCAAAAUGAUAAAACAAAAUGGCUGCAGUGUGUUUAUGGCUGAUAAAUGAAAGCUCAGAAUAAAAUUUGA